CCACCAUAGCCUAGUCGCAGCGAACCACCGUAUUACACACACGUAAUUGUACAAGCAUCGCUUUUGUGUCGUGUUCAUUAUUCGCAUUCUUUUUUUUUUUUUAUCAUAACUACUGUUCGUUAUUUUUCAACCGUCGGUGGUUUUUCGACGACCGUGCGUUCCGUAAGUACCCAGUGCCCGAAUCCGCCGAGUUCUCGAACGUCUCGUGCGCCUAGCCCCAACCCCCCGGUAUUCAAAGCGACGAGCAAACAUCGUCGAUAGCAAUUUUUAUAAAGCAUAAGCACCGCCGAAUACCAUCAUGUCCGAACCAGCAAAAGGAGAAGAAUUGGCCACUGCAAUUUUAAAGCAAAAAGAUCGUCCAAAUAGGCUCAUUGUUGAAGAAGCAAUCAACGAUGAUAAUUCAGUUAUUGCACUAUCCCAGGCUAAAAUGGAUGAAUUGCAAUUGUUUCGUGGUGAUACUGUUUUGUUAAAAGGCAAACGUCGUAAAGAGUCUGUAUGUAUUGUUUUAUCUGAUGAAACAUGCCCAGAUGAAAAAGUACGCAUGAAUAGAGUAGUACGUAAUAAUUUACGUGUUAGAAUAUCAGACAUAGUACAAAUACAACAAUGUCCUGAUGUAAAGUAUGGAAAGCGCAUUCAUGUUUUACCUAUCGAUGAUACAGUUGAAGGUUUAACAGGAAAUUUGUUUGAAGUAUUCCUUAAACCAUAUUUCUUAGAAGCGUAUAGACCUAUACAUAAAGAUGAUAAUUUCAUUGUCCGAGGAGGCAUGAGAGCUGUAGAAUUUAAAGUAGUUGAAACUGAUCCGUCUCCGUAUUGUAUUGUUGCUUAUGAUACAGUUAUUCAUUGUGAAGGAGAUCCAAUUAAAAGAGAGGAGGAAGAAGAAGCAUCAAAUACUGUUGGUUAUGAUGAUAUUGGUGGUUGCCGUAAACAGUUAGCACAAAUUAAAGAAAUGGUUGAACUUCCUCUUAGACAUCCAAGCUUAUUUAAGGCUAUCGGUGUAAAGCCUCCGAGAGGAAUUUUGCUGUAUGGACCUCCUGGAACUGGAAAAACACUCAUUGCUCGUGCUGUAGCUAAUGAAACAGGAGCAUUCUUUUUCUUAAUCAACGGUCCUGAAAUCAUGAGUAAACUUGCUGGUGAAUCUGAAAGCAAUUUAAGAAAAGCAUUUGAAGAAGCUGAUAGAAACUCACCCUCUAUUAUUUUCAUUGAUGAACUAGAUGCUAUUGCACCUAAACGAGAAAAAACUCAUGGUGAAGUUGAACGUCGUAUUGUAUCUCAAUUAUUAACACUCAUGGAUGGUUUAAAAUCAUCAUCUCAUGUUAUUGUAAUGGCUGCUACUAAUCGCCCAAAUUCAAUUGAUUCAGCUCUCAGACGUUUUGGUCGUUUCGAUCGUGAAAUUGAUAUUGGUAUACCAGAUGCUACUGGACGCUUAGAAGUUUUACGUAUACACACUAAGAACAUGAAACUUGCUGAAGAAGUAGAUUUAGAACAGAUUGCUGCUGAAACUCAUGGUCAUGUAGGUGCUGAUCUUGCUUCUUUAUGUUCAGAAGCAGCUCUGCAACAAAUUCGUGAAAAAAUGGACUUAAUUGAUUUAGAAGAUGAUCAAAUUGAUGCUGAAGUAUUAAAUUCAUUGGCUGUUACCAUGGAGAACUUUAGGUAUGCUAUGGGUAAGAGUAGUCCAAGUGCUUUGAGAGAGACUAUUGUUGAAGUACCAAAUAUUACAUGGGAAGAUAUUGGAGGAUUAUCUAAUGUAAAGCGCGAGUUGCAAGAACUUGUUCAGUAUCCAGUUGAACAUCCAGAUAAAUUUUUGAAAUUUGGUAUGCAACCGUCUCGAGGUGUAUUAUUCUAUGGACCUCCUGGUUGUGGUAAAACAUUACUAGCAAAAGCCAUUGCCAAUGAAUGUCAAGCCAACUUCAUUUCUGUUAAGGGUCCUGAAUUGUUAACUAUGUGGUUUGGUGAAUCUGAAGCCAAUGUCCGUGAUAUAUUUGAUAAAGCCAGAGCUGCUGCUCCAUGUGUACUGUUUUUCGACGAAUUGGACUCUAUUGCAAAAUCUAGAGGUGGAAAUGUUGGUGAUGCUGGUGGUGCAGCUGACAGAGUAAUCAAUCAGAUUCUGACCGAAAUGGAUGGUAUGGGUGCCAAAAAGAAUGUAUUCAUUAUUGGUGCUACUAACAGACCUGAUAUCAUUGAUCCUGCUAUUCUUCGCCCAGGGCGUUUAGAUCAACUGAUUUAUAUUCCUUUACCCGAUGAAAAAUCACGUGAAGCCAUUUUCAAAGCUAAUCUAAGAAAAUCCCCAGUUGCUAAAGAUGUUGAUCUAACCUACAUUGCUAAAGUUACUCAUGGUUAUUCUGGUGCUGAUUUGACUGAAGUAUGUCAACGUGCCUGCAAACUUGCUAUUAGACAAAGUAUUGAAGCAGAAAUUAGACGUGAGCGGGAAGCUGCCAAUAAUCAAGGAAUGGAGGUAACUGAUGUAACUGAAGAUGAUCCUGUCCCAGAAAUUACAAAAGCUCAUUUUGAAGAAGCUAUGUUGUAUGCUCGCCGUUCUGUAACGGAUAAUGACAUACGCAAAUAUGAGAUGUUUUCACAAACUUUACAACAGUCUCGUGGUUUCGGUACAAAUUUCAGAUUCCCUACAACGACAGGUCAACCAGCUGCCAAUAAUGCAACAACUGGUGGUGAUCAAGCAACCUUCGCAGAUGAUGGUGAUGAUGACUUGUACAACUAAACAGUUUCCCCUUCCCUCAAAUAAUAGAUUUAAUGUAUAUUUGAAGUUUUAAAAAAAUAUUCAAGCAUUUUUUUUUUUUUUUUUUAUAU